AUGGCCGGGCGCCCCUCCGGCGGCGUCGCCAAGAUGCUCGAGGACGCCAACGGCGCUCACCUUACCGCUGAUCAGUGCGCCUACCUUUUGGACAACAGGGCAUCGGCGAUGGCGAUGCCGGGAUCGAGCGUGGAGGACGUCGGGUUCCCGAUGAUCCAGGGCGCGCCCGAGGGCUCCGAGCGGCGCCUGGGGCUGGCCAUGGAGGCGGUGAUCGGGUGGCAGAGGGAUGGGGAUCGGGGUCGCCGGGGGUUGGUGCUGAUCGAGGAGGAGGGGGCGGAGGAGUUUUCCAGCGGAUGGGUGGCCAGCGGCCUGGCGGAGGGGGUGGAGUACUCGGAGCCGGUUUGGCGGCCAGCGGACGGGGCCCCGGAUGGCGGAGGCGCGGGGGGUGUCGCGGGCGUGGCAAGAUGCGAGUCCACGGUCGUGAGGAGCGAGGGGGGGAAUGAGGGGAUCGAACGCCAGUUUCAUAUCUUGAGGGCAAGAAGGGUGGUCAAGGCAAAUGAAGACAGCAGUGCCAUCCUGUAUCGACUGGACAAGGUCCAACAGCAAAGAGUUCUUGUUACUGGGGCCACGAACACCUUUUUCACCACCAUGCAUCCGUGCAACUUGGAGCAUUUAAAUUCCAUCGCCACUGUCAAACACGUGCACCCCUUACUGGAUGGAGAUCAUCUGGUGGAAAUAUGUGAGCGUCGACAAAAUGGGCAGGUCGUAUUCACUGUGUGCGGCCUGCCCUUCGUUCAAAUGGCGGGCUUUUCAGCCAGCAGCAUCAACACCAUUUGGGACUACAGAGAGGCAGUUGCCAAGCAGAUGCCACAGGCAUGCUUUUCUGAGUCCUACCAAUUGGACAGGACGGCUGUGCUCUACCACAUCCUCAUGGUUGGCCCAUCCCCAACUGGCCCGCUGACCAACAUUGCUCAGUUGACACAGGUGACACUGCACCAGUCUGCAGGGAUCCAGGGCAGUGGGCUGUGCCAGUCUGUUGAACUGUCUGGAACACAAGCAACGCUGCCUCAAUUCCAAAGCACACCCCCAAGGUGUGUGCUGGGCAGUGGGACAUAUGCAGGGGCCAGCACAAAGCCAGAGUCCAUUGCUGCAAAUGUCAAAAUUUCACCUGUAGGUUCAGGCCCAGCCUCCCUUGGUAUGAAGCAACAAACUGAGUGGCAGUCAAGUGCUGGCAUGGCCCCUCACGAUGCCCAGGAUGAAUCACGAUCCAUGUGCACAAGUCUUAUGCUGGCAGAGAAGCACCAGGCAGAGGGUACUCUGGACUACAGCGGCCAACAGCACAACGUACUUUCGAGGGUGCAGAACGGAGGGCACGGUAAGGAGGUGCAAGAGGCAGGGUUACAAUCUUUGGUGAAGUCCACAGUUUGUGGGGAACAACACAACAGACUGCCAGGUUUUGCUCCAUCCAAUGCCAUGGACCAGAGAAUGCACAGCUCAAAUGGAAGUGUCCCAAGCAGUCUGCAAAGGUAUGGACCAGAGGCACAAGAGGCCUCUGGCGGGAGUGGACUUGCUCCAGUGGCUGGAGGCCAUGUGCGGCAGUGGCCAACUGGAUGUGUUGAUGCCCACAUUGCAGCAUCAAGUGGGGCCACUGAUCAAGGGCAUCCGAUCCCUUCACAUCCCCCUGCCAAUGCCUCACGCCAACAGCAGGCAGCGACUGCGGGAUCGACAAGGGACCAGCAGUGCAAGGGGGGGCCGCAGGGAGCAGGGCUACUCCCCACUGGAAAUGCUGGCACUGCUGUGCCUGCAGGGAUGCCACCUGCACCUCAGAGUACAGGCGAAACAGCUGUCUUGAGGCAUGAUUCUGGUGUUGUCCCUGGGCCAAGCCAUGCAAGGGACCACUAUGGCGAAAGCAUGGUGCAAGGGUCCCCUGUUCCGGUGGGGCCUCCAAUGCAGCAGCAAACUGGAGGGCCUGGGCACCAGCCAGGUGCUGUUUCUCUGGCACAACUGUUGAGGCAAUCGCAGCCACAGCCCAGUCCAAACCAGAUGAAUGCUUGGCAGGAUCGGAGUGGGUUUGGGUCGCAAGAUGGCAUGGGAACCUACUCCCCCUUACAAGAUGACAGCCAGCCUGAACAGGGGAAUGCCACCUGUGUCCAGACGAAUGUUGGUGUCAACAGCGUAGCACAUCCUAGUUCAGUGCCAGGAAGCAGACAAUCAGCAGUCGCAAGUGUGUCCCAGGACCAAGAUCACCAGGGCAUCACAGAAUGGCGGCAUGGGCCUGUGGGUGCACGCAGUGGAUGCCCAGGUGUGUCCCAGGCCCAAGAUCAGCAGAACAUCCUGCAGUUGCGGCACGGGCCUGUGGCAGUGCACAGCAGAUGUCCAAGUGCAGCCCAGGGUCAAGAGCAGCAGAUUGUCUCACAAAGGCAACAAUGGCUCAUUGAUGGGCAGCGCACCCAGGAGUGGCAACGUGGACCUAUGGAAGCGCACAGUAGAGGCACCACUCUGGCCCAAGUCGAAGGGCAACAGAGCACAUUGCAUUGGCGGCAAGGUCACAGUGAUGGACAGCGCAUCCCGGAGGUGCACCAGGGGACGGUAAGCCAGGUGCGAGAGCAGCAUGGGUUCUGCCAUUCUGAGCGUGGACAUAAUCUUGGGCAGAAUCAAACCACGCAAGUGAGGCAGCAUGACAGACAACAAAGCAACCCGCAGUGGCUGCAAGGCCCUCCAGAUGGGCAAAAUGCAAGUUUGAGUGCAGCCCUGGUUUCAGCACAGCAGGGCAUGCUGCACCCUCAAGGCCUCAGACAGGGGUCUUAUCCUCCAUCAACAAUCGGUGCUGCAGAUGGGCAACGGCAGGGUUUGUCAAUGAGUGGGGCGUUGGCUGGUGGUAAUGGAGAGACCUGCCAGGAGUCAGACCAGCAGCUGGUUCAAAGCGGAGUGUCAUGCCAUUCAACGGCAAUAACUAUGGCCAGCAGUUCAGAGGACAGAAUGUCUUGGCCAGGAUUCAGUGUGCCUGAUCUGAGGUCCGGGCAAGGCCACAGUGGUGUCAGUCGUCCUCCUGGCUUGGGUGCUCCUCCUGGCUUGAGUGCUCCUCCUGGCUUGAGUGCUCCUAUUUCCAAGCCACUACGGGAGAGGGGCCAGUCACAAACUGUUCAAAGGGAUGAUCUUUGGCAGCAGUCUGCGGGAUCCAAUUUGGUCACCUUUGCCAUUGAGAGGUUCACUGACUUGGUGGUGGACUGUCUGGGUGAAGCCUUUGCUGAGUCCAGCUGCCUGAUGGCCUUCCCCAGUACGGACCCCAAGGGACAGUCGAUCGUGCAGCAGAUGAGGGGUGCGAUGGAACAGUAUGUGUCCGGUUCCAUUGUGCAGAGGGGGACUGCUCUUGAGCUGUCUCUCUUGCAUUUGAAAGAACCUAUCAAGGCUUUGGUGCUCCAGCACAUGGACAAAGGGUACUCAAACGGGGUGGUGAUGGCCAUCUAUGCAAAGAUUACCAAAGUCGUCCGCCAGUGGAAAGUGUCUCUCAGGACAGGCAUGAUGGAGCAUGCAGAGAAUGCUGCAUUUGGGGAUGACGGGUUGGAUGUGCCAGGCAGCCGCAGCAUGGGACGACCAGCUGUGCAGGGCCCAAUUGGCACGAGACAGCCUGUCCCUGGGGAGUUGCCCAACACUUCCCAUCCCCCUGUGACAGCUCUUAGCGCCCCUUCUUCACGGAAGAUGGCUGUAGGUGGAUCGUUGUCUCCAGUGCAUCAAGGAGCUGGCAUGGGGGGAGCUGCGGCCCCUGCAGGCUGGGGCCCCUCUCAAGGUGCACAGGCACCUGAUUUUGCAAAGAUGAGUGAAUCAGAGGCCGUCAAAUACAUGAGUGGCCGGUUGACAAAUGAGGUUUUCAAGGAUCAUUUCUGUAAGCAGGUUCUCAUCAGGUUUGGUACAGUCAAUGUGCAGAGAUUAUUUGAUGACCUGGAUGAAUACUCUGAAGGACCUGCAAGCAAUCAGACAAUCUUCAGUAAUGGUGUCCAAUGGAAUCCGAUGGAUCUCAAAGGUACUGUUCCGUUUGGGCAAGGGCAGCAAGGCCCACGAGCAUUGAUGCCAGCUUCAGGGACAGGAACUCUUGUGUCGAUUGCACAGAACCAAUCACAAGUUCAACAGCAGGAUUGGGGAGCGUCACAUGACCAGCAAAAUGUUGCAACACCACCUGCAGACCUCAACGCAAGGGUGCCGUCCUCCAGCGGGGCAGCUAUGCGCAGCUCGCAGCAAAGCAACAGUCUGGUUGCACUGUCAGCACCAACUGUUGUGGCGCCCCAGCCCACCACUGGGCCUGCCCUCAGCCUGAGCGCUGCUGGACUUGCUGUCCAAGCACAGCCCCAAGGGACCAUUGGUCAAGGAGCAAGUUCUGCGGCAUCAAUGCUGCUUGCGGUGCCACAGAAGUUUGCGGCUUUGGCAGGCCCAGCCGCUGCACAGGCUGUUCCACAGGCACCGAUUCCACAGGCAGCAGCUGUGCAGGCGUCGGUUGCACAGGCAGCAGGUUCUCAGCUGCCACUCCCACUGUCACAAAUCAGAGGCAUCGGCAAGUUGGCCUCCACUGUGCAGGCCAUGAAGCCCGCUGGCCCAUUGAGAAGCUACCAACUUGCAUGCGUGGAGAAGGCAGCUGAAGGGGGGAACUGGGUGGUGGUUGGCCCUACUGGGAGUGGCAAGACGAAAAUGUUCGUUGAGAGUGCCAGGCGGAUGCUGGAACUCAACAAUAAUGCAACGGCGGUCGUGAUCUGCCCAACUGUGCCCCUGGCCACCCAGCAGGCCCUACAGUUUGUGGUGGAGGGAUUCCUCGAACGCAGCUGGAGAGUGGAUGCCUUCUCCAGCGACAACCAACUCAUUCCAGAACUGUGGCAAUGGCACCGGAACAACCACAGUGUCAUGGUCAUGACUGCCCAGAUCUUUCUGAACCUCCUGGAGAAGCAGGCUGCGCGUAUGACUGAGGUAGACAUGCUGGUCCUGGAUGAGUGUCACCAUGCCCACGGUGACCAUCCUUAUGCCAAGAUAAUGGAGCACUACAGGAGGACACCACCUGGCGACCGUCGGACACAGGUCCUGGGGUUCACUGCCUCUCCUGCAAAAAGCCCCUCCUUG